AAUGACAUGAAUUACAUAGCAUCUAGUGGACUUCUAUUCAAAGAUGGCAAAAAACGAAUUGAUUACAUCCUGGUUUAUAGAAAGACAAAUAUACAAUAUGACAAAAGGAACACAUUUGAAAAGAACCUCAGAGCAGAAGGCUUGAUGUUGGAGAAAGAGCCAGCCAUUGCAAACCCUGAUAUCAUGUUUAUUAAAAUUCACAUUCCAUGGGACACGCUGUGCAAGUAUGCAGAGAGGCUGAAUAUCAGGAUGCCCUUCAGGAAAAAAUGCUAUUAUACUGACCAGAGGAACAAAUCAAUGAGCAGGGUACAAAAUUAUUUCAAAAGAAUCAAAAAGUGGAUGUCGCAAAACCCAAUGGUUCUUGACAAGUCAGCUUUUCCAGAACUAGAGGAGUCAGACUGCUACACCGGACCUUUCAGCAGAGCACGAAUUCACCACUUUAUAAUAAACAAUAAGGACACCUUCUUUAGCAAUGCUACUCGAAGCAGGAUAGUCUAUCAUAUGCUGGAACGCACCAAAUACGAAAACGGGAUAUCAAAAGUGGGUAUCCGUAAACUUAUUAACAACGGCUCCUAUAUUGCAGCAUUUCCCCCACAUGAGGGAGCCUACAAAAGCAGCCUGCCCAUCAAAACCCAUGGACCUCAGAAUAACAGGCAUCUGUUGUAUGAACGCUGGGCACGCUGGGGAAUGUGGUACAAGCAUCAGCCUCUGGAUUUAAUCAGGCUGUACUUUGGUGAGAAGAUUGGGCUGUACUUUGCUUGGCUGGGGUGGUAUACUGGAAUGCUGAUUCCCGCAGCAGUUGUUGGCCUGUGUGUUUUCUUCUAUGGAUUAGUUACAAUGAAUGAAAGUCAAGUAAGCCAAGAAAUUUGUAAAGCAACAGAAGUCUUCAUGUGCCCUCUGUGUGACAAGAACUGCUCACUGCAAAGACUCAAUGACAGCUGCAUCUAUGCCAAGGUGAGUGACAUAUUGUUUGAUAAUGGAGGGACAGUCUUCUUUGCUAUUUUUAUGGCAAUAUGGGCCACAGUCUUCCUGGAGUUUUGGAAAAGGAGAAGAAGUAUACUAACCUAUACUUGGGACCUUAUUGAAUGGGAAGAAGAGGAGGAAACACUUCGUCCACAGUUUGAAGCAAAGUAUUAUAAGAUGGAAGUAAUCAAUCCCAUUACAGGAAAACCUGAGCCACAUCAACCUUCAUCAGACAAAAUCACUCGUCUUCUUGUGUCUGUCUCAGGAAUAUUCUUCAUGAUUUCCUUGGUGAUCACUGCAGUGUUUGCAGUUGUGGUGUAUCGCCUGGUUGUCAUGGAACAGUUUGCAUCUUUCAAGUGGAAUUUCAUCAAACAACACUGGCAGUUUGCAACAUCUGCUGCUGCUGUCUGUAUCAAUUUCAUAAUCAUUAUGUUGCUGAAUCUUGCUUAUGAAAAAAUUGCUUACCUGCUCACUAAUUUAGAAUAUCCUCGAACAGAAUCUGAGUGGGAAAACAGCUUUGCCCUGAAAAUGUUCCUUUUCCAAUUUGUCAACUUAAACAGUUCUAUCUUCUAUAUUGCUUUCUUUUUGGGAAGAUUUGUAGGCCACCCUGGAAAAUACAAUAAACUUUUUGACCGAUGGAGACUAGAGGAAUGUCAUCCUAGUGGCUGUUUGAUAGACCUCUGUCUCCAGAUGGGUGUUAUCAUGUUUUUGAAGCAAAUAUGGAACAACUUCAUGGAACUGGGAUACCCGCUGAUCCAGAACUGGUGGUCACGACACAAAAUCAAACGGGGAAUACAAGACGCUUCCAUACCUCAGUGGGAAAAUGAUUGGAACCUGCAGCCCAUGAACAUUCACGGACUGAUGGACGAGUACUUAGAAAUGGUUUUACAAUUCGGCUUUACCACUAUCUUUGUUGCGGCUUUUCCUCUGGCCCCUCUUUUGGCUUUGCUAAACAAUAUCAUUGAAAUCAGACUGGAUGCAUACAAAUUCGUCACGCAGUGGCGGAGGCCUCUACCAGCCCGAGCAACUGACAUAGGUAUCUGGCUUGGAAUUCUUGAGGGAAUUGGUAUAUUGGCUGUGAUCACCAAUGCCUUCGUAAUUGCUAUUACAUCUGACUACAUCCCACGUUUUGUCUAUGAGUACAAAUACGGUCCCUGUGCAAAUCAUGAAGAACAGAAUGAAAAUUGCUUAAAGGGAUACGUUAACAACAGCCUAUCCUUCUUUGACUUGAGCGAGCUUGGAAUGGGAAAAUCUGGUUACUGCAGGUAUCGAGACUACAGAGGCCCCCCUUGGAGUUCCAAACCUUAUGAGUUCACCUUACAAUACUGGCACAUCCUCGCUGCUCGAUUGGCCUUCAUCAUUGUGUUUGAGCACCUUGUAUUUGGGAUUAAGUCAUUCAUCGCAUAUCUGAUUCCAGAUGUACCAAAGGGCCUACAUGAACGAAUACGACGAGAGAAGUAUUUAGUCCAAGAAAUGAUGUAUGAAGCAGAACUAGAACAUUUACAACAACAACGGAGAAAAAGUGGUCAGCCUGUUCACCAUGAAUGGCCUUAGUUCGUGCCUGUUACCCA